CCAUCGUGUAGGUGUUUCCGGUGUCCUAUGACAUUUUACUUCCUUCCACACACACCGACACGAACAAAUCCAGAAAGAGACGUUGCUAACUUUCAAAUGCGGUCAAUCCCGCUCGAUUCUUACCAGUUUGGUUUUUUUAUGAUAUUUGUAAAAUACUUGGUAUGUGGCUGCUCUUGUGUGUGUGAAGCCAAGAGGUUUUGAAAAUUGUAUAGCGUACCGCUUAGGCCUCCGAAGAAAGUUUGGUCGAGGGGCCUGCUGUAAACAACAUGUCCUCCGCCUCGCAGUCUUCCUCCCGACGGCAGUGGUGCUACCUCUGCGAUUUGCCCAAGAUGCCCUGGGCCAUGUUGUGGGAGUUUAGCGAGGCCGUUUGCCGUGGAUGUGUCAACUAUGACGGAGCAGACAGAAUAGAGCUUCUCAUUGAAACUGCCAGGCAACUGAAAAGCACGCACGGGGUUUUAGACGGCCGAUCUCCGGGUUCACAGCAGAGCAAACCUAGCUCUGCCGGAUCCAUAGAAGCAGGGCGGCCGCAUGGAGAGCGUAUAGACAGGGGGAGGGGUGAGUAUGGUGUGUCCUCCCGACUUCCCAACGGCCUUCACAGAGCAGAAGAUGUGGCUCUGUCUGAGAGCAGCCGACAGAGCCCUAACACUCGUCGGGCAAUUGCUGGGGCAGUUCCUAGUCUACAUAAUACCAUACCACAUGCGUUGAUAGCUCAGGGGUUGAUUGCAGCCCCUCAUGGUCUUUUGCCCCCAAUAUCUAGCUCAAGGUCUGGGGCUACACCUAUUGCAAUAUCUGGUGGCCCCAUAAUAGAUGCUGGAAGAAGACAGGCUGUGCAACUGGGUGUUGGAACCAGUACCUCUUCUCUGGUAGGUGUAGAUCCUGCGUUGUGGAGGAACAAUGAAAUGAUGACUGAACUGAAUGAAAUCUCUCGCAGUAGGAUUGAAGGCUGGCCAAACCGCCCCAAAGCAGUACGGGAUGUGCUUGUUGCUCUCAGCAGCUGUGUACCCUUUAAUGUUCGCUUCAGAAAAGACCACAAUCUGAUUGGUCGAGUUCUUGCUUUUGAUGCCAGUACCACACCAGAGUUUGAGCUGAAAGUGUUUGUGGAGUAUCCUGCUGGGUCUGGAAUGAUCUUUUCAGGAAUCCCAGACCUGGUGAGACAGAUGUUUCGUGAUUCUGCCAAAGAUGCAGGCAAAGCAGUGAAUUCUGGACUUAGAUAUGUGGAGUAUGAGAAGCGACAAGGGACAGGAGACUGGCGUGGGCUAUCUGAGCUUCUGAAUGAGGGUGUACGCAUGUUCAAGGAGCCCCCAAUCCCAGAAGUUCUACCACAACCUGAUCCAAUGUUAUCCAUGGCAGCCGCUGGACGCUCUGUACCAGUGAAGAGCACAACUCGGCGCCGUAAGGCAUCUCCAGGAUCUGAAAAUGGAGAGAGUGAAGGAAGGCCUGACCAACCCAACAGAGAACCAUGGCCACGAGGUGCUUACUCAGGCAUGGAACCACUGCCAGGCAUGGCUGUCCCCCAAGAAGUCCCACCCCGUUUACACAGCCAGCCCUCACCAAUCUCAGCACUCAUGGGAGUUGCGGACAGUCUGAGUUCCAGCCAGAUGGCCAGAGACAGCCCCAACAUGUCCUCAGCCCACUCCUCUUCAACUGGGCGACCCACCAGCAGCAGCCCCUCCACUGCCUCCACCUCAGUCUCCCAGGCGUCCAUGGGGCAGGCACUAAGUGCAGCAGGGCCUGGUACCAAUAGCACUGCUGGGGAGUCUUCAAGCAGUGCCCAGGGCACCCUGCUAUGCUGCAGUCUCUGCAGGGAGCGCUUAGAGGACACUCAUUUUGUCCAGUGUCCCUCUGUUGUGCACCACAAGUUCUGCUUCCCCUGCACUCGUGGCUUCAUCCGCAGCCAAGGUCAAGGGGGUGAGGUGUACUGCCCUAGUGGAGAACGAUGUCCCCUUGCCGGAUCCACAGUGCCUUGGGCCUUCAUGCAGGGAGAAAUCUCUACCAUCCUGGCGGGAGAUGGUGAUGUGACAGUAAAGAAGGAGAGUGACCCUUGACAUCUUCAUCCUUGUGUCAAAUGCAUAUGGAACCCUUUGAAAAGCACUUCCCAAUCAGAGUUCCUGUCUGGUUGCAGAUUAUCAUUUGUGCCUCUGAGAACGGACACAAACUCAGAAGGAACAACAGAAAACACACAACUCCCACACAACACUGUUUUAAGUGGAGAACCCCUUCUCUGCUCUCCCGUGCAGGAUGGGCCGAACGUUGAAUUCUGACCACAUUUCUCCUUCUCCUCCUCGCCUCAUUUAAGAACGCAGAAUUGACAGCACAUGCUAAUUUGUUUCUUUUAAGAACGACAAUCUUUCUCCGGUUUCCCAUUUGUGUUGUUAUAUAUGUUGUAACUGUCGUAUACUAAUGGAUGACAGUUAUACUUAGGAUGGAAUCACAGAAAAACAAAGGAUUGUUGCAAAACCAUUGGGUCCUUAAGGAUUUAAAAAUGUAAUCCAAUACUGUUUCUUAGUAUUCUCCCUAUAUCGUUUGUCAAAAAUGUGAAUUUACUUUCAAUAUGGCUAUGUAAUUUCUAUUUUUGAUACAAUACAAAUUUAUAUGUAUUUGUUUAUAGUGAUAAGAAGACCAAAGAUGGCUUCAUGCGCAAUGUAAUUUUAUUGUAUUGUAGCUGUGUAUGCUGUUCUCACUGAUGACCUGGGCAUAAGUCACUAAUUUGUUCACAGAUCGAUCACAGAUGUAAGCUCAUUAUGUCUAUUUACUUUAAUUGUACAUAAGAUGAGUAGCACCAAGACCUUCAGUUGUUAAGACACGAUCCUCGCAGGUCAGUUCUACAAUAAACUACAGAUUUCAACUUCACUCAAAGCUGAAAAGUACACCUGAUCAUAAACAUUUCAUUUGACAAAUACUCUGCCAAAAACGCCCACUCCGUGUAUUUCUAAAACAAUUCAGUGUAAAUGUGUCUGUAUGAACAUAAUCAGCAUGUAUGCCUUGAAAUGCAGUUAACCAGUUCUGUAAACACUGCUUACUCUAGUGCCAAUGGGCACAGUUAACAUAAAAGUCAACAUAUAUAUUAUCACAUGGAAGAUUAGAAAUAUAUACCCACAUAUACCCACAUUACGUUGAGUAAGCUAAUAUACUUGUGGAUAUUCUGUCAUCCAGGUCAUCAUAACAAUCUCAACAGUUAUAAAGUAGGCAACUAAACACACCUCAAGUCAAGUCAAGUCAAGUCAAAGAUGUUUCGCCUUUCAUCCAAGAGGCUUCAUCCGUUUUACUGUCCUAGUGGGAAGUUUACAGGUAUUUAUCCACCCCAAAAGGGAUGUGGUGUCUGGUGUGGAGUUGUUGGUCCUAUGGUGGCAGUUGUUGGUGUCAUUUUCCCUCCCUGUCCUCCCCCGAGGACAGGGAGGGGGAAUGUUCCACCAGAGGACCAACAACUCGCAUGACCACCUAAUAUUGUCCGUGCCCAUGGCCACUUCACUCGACACCACAACCCCCUUUGGUAUAUUCCUGGAAACACCCCACCAGAACAGUAGAACUGAUGAAGCCUCUUUGAUAAAAGACGAAACGUCUUCAACUUUCUUCAGGUGAGUCCGUUUCCUACUUUCAAAACUGCUUUUGAGAUUACUAAUAGACGAUAGCAUUGCUUCUGUGUAAACAUACAAAUAUGAAAGGCAGUGGAAUAAAUUCUUUUUUUCUUUCCUCACACUAAUCUUUUUGAUUGGAAGGCACUAAGAUGUGACAGCUCAUCCAUUGGACGUCUGCUGCAGGUUCAGAUGGGGCAACCUGAGUCCCGCAGAGCCUCCUGAGCUCCCUUCAGGGUCUCCUGCUUCACACACUUCCAGUAGCCAGAGAAGCCGUGCUGAGGCUGCACCUAAGGGCAAAGGUCACGAUCAACACAGCCAGCAGGACUGAUGUUCACUCGCCCUAGUACACGGUCCAUACAAGUAUGUCCACCACGUUUGAUUUUGCCAAGUUCAACAAGUCACAUUUAAUAACUGUAAUUACAACGGUUCUGUAAUUUGUUACUGAAACACUUUUUUAUCUUAUGUGAUGAAAUUAUAUUUUGCCCCAAUAGCCAUAAAUAAAUAAAUGUCUGAAAAUGUAA